UGCAGGUAGUCCGCCAUUGCUGUAUGAAGAACUAUCGGAUCUGGCGUUUGGCUGUCAACAAUAAACUUGCGGUGCCGGGACGCGGAGCUACGAGGUCGAGUGAAAGCUCGUCGGCUGCUCCUCAAACCAGGAGUCACCCCGUCCCCCCGCUGAGAAUAGUUUAAUGUGAAUACAGAGCCACGGACGAGGCAACCAUGUCCAAUCUCAGCAAAGGCGGCACCAAGAAGGACACCAAAAUGAGGAUACGGGCCUUUCCUAUGACAAUGGAUGAAAAGUAUGUCAACAAUAUCUGGGACCUUUUGAAGAAUGCCAUCCAGGAGAUUCAGAGGAAGAACAACAGUGGCCUGAGUUUUGAGGAACUUUACAGGAACGCCUACACAAUGGUGCUUCACAAACAUGGAGAGAAGCUGUACACAGGCCUGCGGGAGGUCGUCACUGAACAUCUUAUCAACAAAGUACGAGAAGAUGUCCUUAACUCCCUAAACAAUAACUUCCUUCAAACCUUAAAUCAGGCCUGGAAUGACCAUCAAACAGCCAUGGUGAUGAUCAGAGACAUCCUAAUGUACAUGGACCGGGUGUAUGUACAGCAGAACAAUGUGGAGAAUGUCUACAACCUGGGCCUUAUCAUCUUUCGGGAUCAGGUAGUCCGUUAUGGCUGCAUCAGAGACCACCUCCGGCAGACCCUGCUAGACAUGAUCGCACGAGAAAGGAAGGGGGAAGUGGUUGACAGGGGGGCCAUCAGAAAUGCUUGCCAAAUGUUAAUGAUCCUCGGCCUUGAAGGGAGAUCUGUUUAUGAAGAAGACUUUGAGGCACCUUUCUUAGAAAUGUCUGCAGAAUUUUUCCAGAUGGAGAGCCAAAAGUUCCUCGCAGAAAACAGUGCCAGUGUGUACAUAAAAAAGGUGGAAGCUAGAAUCAAUGAGGAGAUUGAGCGGGUGAUGCACUGUCUGGACAAAUCUACUGAGGAGCCAAUUGUCAAGGUGGUGGAACGGGAGCUCAUCUCCAAACACAUGAAGACGAUCGUAGAGAUGGAAAACUCUGGCCUGGUGCACAUGCUCAAAAAUGGCAAAACAGACGAUUUGGCGUGCAUGUACAAGCUGUUCAGCAGGGUUCCCAACGGCCUGAAGACCAUGUGUGAGUGUAUGAGCUCGUACCUGCGGGAGCAAGGCAAAGCCCUUGUGUCAGAAGAGGGAGAAGGAAAGAACCCCGUAGACUACAUCCAGGGUUUGUUGGACCUGAAGUCCCGCUUUGACCGCUUCCUCCAGGAGUCCUUCAAUAAUGACCGGCUCUUCAAACAAACUAUCGCAGGAGACUUUGAGUACUUCCUAAACCUCAACUCUCGCUCACCAGAGUACCUCUCACUCUUCAUCGAUGACAAACUGAAGAAAGGAGUGAAAGGGCUCACGGAACAGGAGGUGGAAUCUAUACUAGACAAGGCCAUGGUGCUGUUUCGUUUCAUGCAAGAAAAAGACGUUUUUGAGAGGUACUACAAGCAGCAUCUGGCCCGCAGGCUGCUCACCAACAAAAGCGUCUCAGACGACUCAGAGAAAAACAUGAUCUCAAAGCUUAAGACGGAGUGCGGCUGUCAGUUCACCUCUAAACUGGAGGGCAUGUUCCGGGAUAUGAGCAUCUCCAACACCACCAUGGAUGAAUUUAGACAACAUCUACAGACCACAGGGGUGGCACUCGGAGGGGUUGAUCUCACUGUGAGGGUCCUGACCACAGGAUACUGGCCAACACAAUCAGCAACACCCAAGUGCAACAUCCCCCCUUCACCCCGACAUGCAUUUGAAGUCUUUAGAAGGUUUUAUCUUGGAAAGCACAGCGGCAGACAACUCACACUGCAGCAUCAUAUGGGCUCUGCAGAUCUAAAUGCUACUUUCUAUGGUCCAAUCAAAAAGGAGGAUGGUUCAGAGGUUGGGGUAGGAGGCGCCCAGGUUACUGGAUCCAACACCAGGAAGCACAUCCUCCAGGUCUCCACCUUCCAGAUGACCAUCCUCAUGCUUUUUAACAACAGAGAGAAGUCCACCUUUGAGGAGAUCCAGCAGGAGACAGACAUCCCAGAGAGGGAGCUGGUGCGAGCACUGCAGUCUUUGGCCUGUGGGAAGCCCACUCAGAGAGUUCUCACUAAGGAGCCCAAGUCCAAGGAGAUUGAGAAUGGCCAUGUGUUUACAGUCAAUGACCAGUUUACCUCCAAACUGCACCGUGUCAAGAUCCAGACAGUGGCUGCCAAACAAGGCGAGUCGGACCCAGAGAGGAAGGAGACACGGCAGAAAGUGGACGAUGACAGAAAGCAUGAGAUCGAAGCUGCCAUUGUUCGCAUCAUGAAGUCCAGAAAGAAGAUGCAACACAAUGUCCUAGUAGCAGAGGUUACACAGCAGUUGCGAGCACGAUUUCUACCUAGUCCUGUAGUAAUCAAGAAGCGCAUUGAAGGACUCAUUGAGCGGGAAUAUUUGGCACGAACACCAGAGGACCGAAAAGUGUACACCUACGUAGCAUAAAACAAGUGAAUUCAUUGAAAGCUAACUUGGAUUUAAGAGCCUUGAUUUUUUUGUGGACUGCCAUACGUUUGAAAGAACUUGCAAGUGCUUUCAACAUUGGUUCUGGGAAACACUGGGAAGCUUAACUUUUCUUCCAUAAUAAUGUGUAAAAAACAUUCAAAAGAUGGGGAAGUUUUCUAGCAAUAUAAGUUAACUUCUGCUGAGAGGAAAAGAAAGGAGGGGAUCUAGUUUUGUAUAAAAUCAUGUUUCUUGUGGCCUUUGGAGAGAUUUGGGCGAGCUUGUUUGACAAUUGAACUACAUGUCGAGAGCAAGAGUGAACAUGUCAAAGCAAACGUGCGGCUACAUGGAGACCAAGUCAACAUUUGAAUUCACUCCCCUGUUUUAAAUGUUUGUGUCAAUGUGUUCUGUUUUCUUUUUGUGGCACAUUGAUAGCUGUACAGGUUGGCAGACACUCUUGGCCUUGUCCUCCCAGGGGAUUUUAUUUUCAAUUGAUUUUAAAAUUGAAAGAAGAGGAGGGAGAGUGAGCUGGUACAGACCUGGUUUACAAUAGUUGUAAAAAUUCAUUUUGAGUACAUGAGAAAUCAUGAAGUGCUUAACAUGCGUUGCGAUUCUGUCUGUUUUUUUUGGGUUGUUUUAAUAUCUGAUAUGAACUAAGUGCACCUCACAUAGCCAAAAUAUUUAAUGUCAUUUUCAGUAUUUUAGCCAGGUCUGUACUAGUGCGUAGAGAGAUCAAGAGCUGUAGCUUCACAGCAUGCUUUUAUCUAGAGGAUCGAUCAGAGGGAUAUGACACACAAAAGUUCCAUUUACAGUGUGUGGUCUCUCAUGACACAUUUUCACUUCAGGCCUGCUGUGUGACUGGCCAAAAAUGUAUUUCCUCUCUUUAAAUGGAAGGUUCUGUUGUGCAGGUUAUGUAGAGGAUUUUUUCUCAUUCUCGACUGCAUUUUGAACAGGUGGAACCAGUCCAGCACCGUGUUCUUAAGUGUACAAAUUGUAAAAUAAUUGUACUCACUCCGAAGGUGGAUUGUACAGGGCCUUGUUUUCAUCAUAUUAAAUGUAGAAUUAAAAAAG